UGCUGGAGGCUGGUGGGCAGUCAUGCAUUUUACGGCAGGCCCUGCACACAGCCGGAGUCUGGGGCCCCUGGGCCUCCACAGCACCCCCCAAGCUCUGUACAUGGUCCUCUUAACAGUGCUGGUCGUGAUGAGCUUGGUGUUUGGUAAAACUGAACCUGUCAAUCAAGAGCCCCCUUACCCAGCUGAGUUCCCCAAAUACCUGCGCUGCUAUCGGUGCCUCUUGGAGACCAAGGAGCUGGGGUGCCUGCUGGGAUCUGACAUCUGCCUGGCCUCUCCUGGCAGCAGCUGUAUGACCCUCUUCAUCAAGAACAGUAGCGGGUCUGACAUCAUGGUGAGUGACUGUUGCCGCAAGGAGCAGAUGAGUGACUGCUCGCACACCCGCACUUCCCCUGUGUUUGGCUUCUGGAUGUUCUCUCGAUGCUGCUUCCAGGAUUUCUGCAACAGCCCACAGAACCGAGCGCUCUAAUCCUGUAGGACGUCUGCAGAGACCUUUGCAGUAAAAUGUUGCCGGUGUCCAGCCAGCUUCCUGGUUCCCACCUGGGCGCAGCCAGGACAACU